AUGAAGCGGUAUCCUUCGACCGGAAUAUCGGCCAUAGUCGUCGGCGGCGGCAUUGCUGGCCUAACCUUCGCCAUCGAGGCACACAGGAAGGGCCAUGACGUGCGAAUCCUGGACCGACGACCGUUCUUCGAUGAGCUUGGCGACAUCGUCGGCAUCCAGUCCUCAGCCCUACACACCCCCGCACACUGGCCAGGCUUCCUCGAACGCGCCCGCGCCCUCGCCUACGAGCCCGUCCUCCACGUCAAAAAACACGACGGCACCCCCGUCGGCUCCGGCCCCCUGGGCACCCCCGGCGUGCCCACCAUCAUCAUCAACCGCUCGCAGCUCCACCGCCUCCUCGCUGAGGCCGCGAGGGACCUCGGCAUCCCCGUCGAGUUCAACGCCGCCGCCGCGUCUUACUUCGAGACGAAGGACGUCGGGGGCGUGCUGCUCGAGGACGGGCGCGCGUUGACGGCGGAUGUUGUUGUCGCUGCCGACGGGGCCGGGUCCCGGGCCUGGGGGUUGGUGCUGGGGAGGAAGGAGAAGGCUUUCAGUUCGGGGUUUGCGGUGUAUCGAGUUACUUUCCCCGCGGAGCCUGCACUGAGGAAUCCGGUUAUUGCGAGGGAGUUUGAGGGGUUCAGGACGCGGGAUUCCGUGCAUAUCGGGCCGGGGACGCAUAUCGUCGUGGGCAAGACGGAGAAGGAGAUUUGUUGGAUGCUGAGCCACAAGGACGAAGGCGACUCCUCGGAAGACUGGACCGCCACGGCCUCCAUCGACGACGCGCUCAAGUACGUCGAGGGCUGGACGCCCUUCGUGACGGAGCUGAUCAGGGCGACGCCCGGCGGCGUGGUGACGAACUGGAAGCUCAUGUGGCGCGACCCGGUUUCGAAGUGGGCGUCGCCCGAGGGGCGUGUGAUACAGAUCGGGGACGCGGCGCAUACCUUCCUCCCGACCUCCGGCAGCGGCGCGACGAUGGCCAUGGAGGACGCGUACUCGCUCGCGACGUGUCUCCAGCUGGGCGGGAGGGCGGGGCUGGGGUUGGCUGUCAGGGUUCACAACGAGAUGAGGUACGAACGCGUGUCGUGCGCGCAGAAGAUGGGGUGGAAGACGAGGGAGAAUUUCAACAAUACGGACUGGGAUAAGGUGGACGAGAACCCGCAGAUUCUGACGAAGCCGGUCGGGGACUGGGUUCUGAGGCAUGAUCCGGAGCAGUACGCGUACGAUAACUACGGGAACUGCGCGAAGUGCGUUUUGGAGGGGAAGGGGUUCGAGAAUACGAAUGCUGUCCCGGGACAUACGUUCAAGCCGUGGACUAUUAAGGAGUUGUUGGGGGUUACGGAGGCUGGGGGGGAGAUUGUUGAUGAUGGCGAUUGGUCUUGA